UGUAAUAUUUAUUUUGCUGUUUCUCACCACUGGAGGAUGGCUGCCAUACUCUGUGAAAAUUGUUCUGGUUGGUACCACUAUACACAAGUCAACCAACCUGUUGAUAUCAGCUGCAUGUUGUUCCUUAUUAUGCUCGGAAAAGUGUCCCUCAAUCUCUUUAUAUUGCGAGUUAAACAGAAAAAUGUGAAAAUUAGUUUUAUGGGAUACUUCUGUGUUUCACUAGCACUUCUGGAUUUUGCACUGCUGAUGAAUAUAGCUUUCAUUUUCUAUUUUGAGGACUUUGCACUUUGGGGUGUAAGAUUUACCAAAUACCACAUCUGCCUGUUCACGCAGAUAAUCUCUCUUACCUAUGGAAUUUUACAUUACCCAGUGUAUCUUGUGGCUGUUCUGGAUUAUUAUGUGUCUAUAGCACAAACAUCUCAACCUCCUAAAAGAGGUCAAAGGUUAUUUUAUAUAGUUGUUGUGGUUUUUCUGUGGAUUUUAGGGUUUUCUUGUAUUCUGAAAGUCCCUGCUAUUUCUGAAGAACUAGAAAUUCAGAAACAUUUUUCACUUUAUCAGUGUCCUUCCUAUGCUAGCAUGCAGAGCUACUCUGUGUCAUUUGCCAUGCUGCUUCUCAUGGGCAUGGCUCUUCUGUCUUGCUGGAAGGACGUUGUCAUGAUGCUACUGUCCGUCAGGGUAAUUUCUUUUGCCGGCCAGCCUGUUCUGAUGUUCCUGUAUUCAUCUGAUGACAACACUUGCUGUAGGCGGCAGCUUCUCCCCAGGCUUCUCAUCUGUUUUCUUGGCACGUGGGCACCUUUUGUUCUUCUUCAAAUUAUCGUUUUGUCUCUUGGUGCUCAGAUUCCAGCCUACAUGGAGAUGAACGUCCCCUGGCUAUACUUCAUCAACAGCUUUCUUAUUGCAGUAGUGUACUGGUGUCGAUGUCAUGAUGUUGAACUGACAGAGGAAACGUGGUCAACAGAUCCGUUUGUCAGCUGGAAAUUCUGCUUUACACCAUUUAACAAUGAAAAUACAGAGCCAGCUGAAAAGCCAGGCACAGUAAUUGUAAUCUGUUAAUGAGCUGCUGACUGAAAAGACUGCAAAUAAGUGCUGUACAACAGAGGUGUUUAGUGCUCUGACAUUCCACAUCCUUCUGGACUAUACAAAGAA